AUGUUUGCUCAAGAUUUUGGUAAUAAUUCAAUGUGUAUUAUACAUAAAGGAGCAUGGAGAGCUGAAAUGAAUGGAAAUGCAACAAAUGAUCCUCGAGUUAAAGAAACAUGUCAUCAGUAUUCAUGUUCUGGUGGUCUUCAAAUGAUUAUUAAUGGUAAACCAUUCCAGUGUAAUUCAGGAUUAGCCAAAAUUCAAACUAAACAAAUUCAAGGAGAAAUAAUCUGCCCUAAUCCUAAUAUUGCUUGCAGGGAUCAUACAAUACCUUUACAUCCUGAUAAUGUUGAACGACGGGAUACGGCUUCAAGAAACUUGAAAUUUUAUAUACAUUUCACUCCAAAUUUCCACCAAUUGCAAGAUCAUGAAAAACUCCAUGGAGGUAUACGUUGGUGGAGUUUUUUUCCAGACGGGAAUAAUUCCAUAUACUGUCGUCAGUCGAAUUGCAAACGUUAUGUUAUGUGCGGAGGUGUGAAAAAUCCAGAUAAAUAUGUCGGGGAAUGUUAUCAUGAACACAAUAACAGAUUAUAUAGAUAUUACAACAAUGGAAGUGGAAUACCAUCUGCUGGUUAUGUUCUACUAGUUGAUGCCAUAAAUACAAAAACUUGUUCUGGUAGUACAGCAGCAUAUGCAUCAUCAUGUUUAAUGGAUGAAGAAACAGAUAGGCCAAUUCUUGGAUAUGUAAAUGUAUGCCCAGGAAAAAUGAGGAUUAAAUAUCCUGAAGAUCGAAAUGCACGUGGAAUUUUCAUACAUGAAAUAGGUCAUGCUCUUGUAAUUUCAUCUAUUAUUUGA